AAUGUAUUUUUAAUAAUGGUGAAACUAGAAGUGUGUGAUCAGAAGGGGGUGGAGAUUAAAGUGGAGAAAGAAGAUCUUGAAGAUUCUUUUUAUCUUCAAAAUGGAUCAAAUUUCUCAAUGGAUAAUUCAACCGAGGCUGGACCUGUUGCUGAAGAACUGCUAGUGUUUGAUGAUACUAUUGAGGUUCCAGGAGACAUAUUUACAGAUUUAGAUCUCUUCAAGAACAUGUUUAACAUGGACACAUGGAAUACUGGACUUACAGAACUAACUAAACAGAAACUGAUGGCUCUGCUUCCAAACUUCCCCAAGAAUGAUCUAUCUGAGAAGAUGAGAACUUUAGAAAUGUUGUUUGGUGGUCAGAACAUUGCAUUUGGAAACCCUCUUUACAGUUUCAGGACUGAAGUUCUGAAAGGAAACCUGCAUCCUGAAAGGAAAAGAAUGCGCCAGUAUGUUGGGCAAGCUAAAAACAGAGAGGCUAAGCUGCAAAGAGAAGAAAUGCAAUUUAGACAAAUGCACGACUUGCUGAAGUCCCGGAAGAAGUUACUAGAAUUUACAUCCGGUAGUUCCACUUCUCUACCCUUGACAGUUCAACGGAUGGAGAAUCAUUCUAUUCAGCUUGGGGGGAGAAUGAAAGUUAGAGUAAAAAGAAGAUAUUUGGAAGAAAUGCAAAGAAUAAAGGCUGAAGUAGGAGAAGAAGGAUUGAGUAGUGAUGAUGAGCAAAUCAUUAGAAAUGUCAAGGAAAACGAGAUAAAAUUCAACAUUCUUCCAGAAUUUGAUCCGUACAUUAAAAACAGCACAAGCACUCCGAAAUCCGGGAAAUCAGAUUCAACGACUAAAGAACCUAGUGGGCCGGUUAAUCUGGAUCAAGAGAAAAUGAGAAGCUCGUUAACACAGGAAAGCCAACCUUCUUAUUUUCAUCUGAUCAAUGACCUAUUCCAACUUGGUACUAACAACAGGUUGCGUAUUACUGAGCUGGACCAGGGUGUAUCUGUAUGGCAGGAGAGUCCUAUAGCUGCCUUGAACUCCUGGUACUCACUGUAUCCUGAUCCCAGGGGGUGGAGAACCUGUAUACCAAGCGCUAUAGCUUUCCUCUCAGGGGCAUUCCCUGAACAGAGUCCGCCUGAUUUUCAACCCCUGAUUAAAGUGAAUUCAAAGAACGGCUGCUAUCAGUGGGAUGGAGAGGGUAGAGAAAGUUCUCUCUGUUAUCUAUUUGACUGGUGGUGGGAUAGAAAGGAAUUAUGCAAAGCUAGUAUCAGUUCAAAACCACCGGCAGAGUCAGGUUUUGAGUUGGAUGGAGUGGAAUCUUGUGAUUCAGGAGUACCACCUGGUAGAGUACCCCCUGCCAGGUACCCGACCUCCUGGAAGGUUCGGCCGGGGUCGCAUCAGGAGAAAAUUGAAUACAGACAACAAGAAACUGAAAGGUAUUCAGUUCCUACAGUUCCUUAUGAAUGGAGAGUUCAGGACUACAGGUCUUGUGUUGGGCCGGUCAAGGGAGGUCUGGCGGUCAAAGGAAAAAAUCACACCAUGCUCAAAUCUAAAAGAAAAAGGGAGCGUAGGCCUCUUUAUGUAACUAUUCUGACUCUGGUAAGAGAUGCAGUCUCUAGAUUACCCAACGGUGAAGGAUCAAGGAGUGAUAUUAUGGAGCUUCUUCUGUAUUCUCAAUACCUGACAGAGAAUAUUGAUCAAGUCAGUCUCAAUACUACAGUUAGUGGAGCUCUGGACAGGUUACAGAAUGAGACUGAUUCUUGUGUGAAGUAUGAUACUAACAGGAAAAUAUGGAUUUAUUUACACAGGGACAAGAGUUUAGCUGAGUUAGAAAAUUACCAGGCCAAUCUAAAGCCAAAGCCAAGACCUAAGAAAAAGAUAAAGUUGGAUGACAUGGGAGAUAGAAAGAAUGCAAGGGAAAGUAUUCUGGGAUCUGCCCUCUUGGGAACAAGGUCAGGCUCCCCCUCAAGAUCAUCUCUAGGCUCCCCCUCAAGAUCAUCUCUAGGAUCCCCUGCAAGAUCAACCCUAGGAUCUCCCGCAAGAUCAUCAUUAGACUCUGUCUCCAGAUCAGCUACAGGAGUACCUAAAACAAAUCUUGAAUCUACUUUAGGAUCAUCUCCAGGAACAAGUUUAGUAACCUCUCCAAGAUCUUUAAUUGGUCCUGGAACUACUUCUGGAUCACCUACCAGACCAUCUGGUAUUAGUAUUGGAUCUCCUACCAGACCAUCUGGUAUUAGUAUUGGAUCUCCUGCAAAAUUAUCUAUUGGUGGACCUGGAACAAGUCUUAUUUCUCCAUCCAAAUCAGGAGCAACCAUUAUAAGUCUAGUGUCAGCUACUGGAGAUGGAACAAUGUUUACAGCUUCCACACCAAAAAGGGUCGUUAAAGGAACACCUCCUACACAGGAGCUUGGUAAUUCUCCCAGAUCAAAAGGAACUCCGCCUAAACUUGCUUCACCUCUCUCUGUACGAGGAUCAACUGAAGCUACUGGUAUAUCAAAAGGAACGCCUGUUAUAAGAGAAGGAAGUACCAUUGUAACUGAAAAAACGCCUACUUCAAAUGAAGGAACGCCCACCUUACCUGGCUCUGGUAAAAUCCAACGGAUUAUUGUUCGUGGAGAGAAUGGACAGAUCCUUCCCCUGUCCCCUGCUACCCUUAACAUGCUCAUCGAAUCAGGGGCAGUUCCUCCUGGAGUUCAAAUACUACAGGAUACCCCCCAUAAUCCGUAGUUUAUCAGGGUCAGUACCCAUUGGAAUACAGAUACUCCAGGAGUCCCUUAGUAUUUUAUAGUUUAUCAUGGAUAGUAUCUCUUGGAGUUCAGAUACUCCAGGAGUCCCCUAGUAUUUUAUAGUUUAUCAUGGAUAGUAUCUUGGAGUUCAGAUACUCCAGGAGUCCCCUAGUAUUUUAUAGAUUAUCAAGGAACGUAUCACAUGGAGUUCAGAUAAUUUAGGAGUCCCCUAUUUUUCUAUAGAUUAUACUCAAAGAGACCCUCAGCUUUAGUAUUUUAUAUGAUUUGUCAGUUUUCUAAAAAAAAUCGUGAAGACCCCCCCCCCCCCAAAAAACUUUUAAAAUUAUAAUUUGUCAGCGUACAUUCUCUUUUACCCGCUCUGAACAACCCAGUCGAUUUCCUUUGAGGUAAAAAGAAACAUGAAAAAUAGGAAAUGCUAGACUUUUUGGGAGAAAUAUCACAGACGAUCGAUAGAUACCAUGGAAAGCUUUCUCAAAAUCCGCCAACUCAUUCUAUCCCUCGGAUUCUAUUUUAUUAGUAAUAAUGAAGGUCGUUUACAGCAUGUAUUGUAUAAUUAGGUAAAAAGAAUCAGUUUUGUUCACAUAAAUUUAAUAAUAAAAUUUUGAGAUCUGUGUUUAAAUACUUUUGUUACUCUUGUUACAGA